AUGGCCGAAUUUUCGCCAAAAGAUAUCGAGUGGAUAGACGACUUUUCGUGUAAGUUACCCCCUCUUUACUUUAGAAUCGGCGUCUUGACAGACGCAUUGAAAGGCACAUUUUCAUACUUUUUCUCGGCAGUGCUUUUUGUUCCCAAGGCUCCCGUAUUGUAACUUCCGUCGCCCUAAUGUUUCUUUUUGAAACAUGCCAUCUUACUCCGUUCCACUCGAAGUGGACAAAUUUUGUAAAAGCAGAUAUCCUAAUAUAGAACAGAAAACGAAGGAGGUUCUUCGGAAAGAAAUCAAUUUGUACUCACUUCCAGGCUUCUGGUUGCGUUUUUCGUUACGACAGUCUCCCUAGUGAUGCUUAGUCCUUAGAAGGUUCAACUUCCAAAUUUAAAACACUGUUUGCUAAACGAAAACAGAACGUUCAUAAAGGAGCGCAACAGAUUUCCGUCGUUCGUUAAAAACUGAAUAUACUUACGCUUCUGGCUAUGCUUAUUCAUAGAUUAUUUUCGAUGCUUUGACAUAACAUGUCUGCGUGUUCGGCGGGGUUACCAGGUCCUAGCAAAACUUCCUAGUCCCAUUCAAGUCAGUUUUCGCGAAGUAAAUUUGAUGAACGAGAGGUUGAGCUUGGCAGUUUGUGUUUACCGUAGUUGACAAAAAGCCUUGCGAAAAUGGAGCUGUUUCUUCCUGACAAUUUUUGUUUGAGAAGGAUUAAGUUUGCCCCUGGCCUGUCCACCAGUGGCUUCAUUGCAUGGGAUUUUUUUGGGCCCCUGAUCGCAGUAACGAGUGCCAGCUUGGCUUGUUGAUUCUUUCCUCCUUCGAGCCCCUCGUUUAAUGCCUAUCGUCUAACCCCCACAUCUGCAGGCAAUAUUGUUUUCGCCAAUGAGAACACGGCCCUUCGCGUGUUCAAUAAGCUAGCAGAACCAUUCGAUCGGCGAGUGGCCCUGGCAGCUAUGGCCGCUGUCGCCGCCGUAAUGGACAAGAAGGCGCCCUUGGCUGCCGACGAGGAUACCGAAAUGGGAGACCACAAGACCGAGAACGGGGAGGGGAAGAAUCAACCGGGUCUACGCGAGGGUCAGACUCACCCGCUCUCCUUUUCGACCGGCUCCCUCAAAUCCAUCACUGAGAACAUGCCCACCUCAGGCCGCUGGUUCAAGGCGACCACGUCACCAGACCGCGCCUUAUCCCUCUUUUUACGUUUUGCCCACAAAAGUAGGUCCUUUUGGAUACCUUAUAACAUAUCGUUUGUGCGUUUCUCAACCCCCCUCCCCAGCAAUACCACUGUCACAAAUACCAUUACUAUUGUCGCCUCUGGGAAUUAUUAAACGUAACUCCUCUCUAGUGGCACUAUUCAGAUUCAGACACUCUUGCCACUUCAUACAUUUCUGACGUGUCCCAAGUGGGCUUUUGAUUUCACCUUUCACUCUUCGCGGACAGGCGGACCUUCUCAUCCAUCCUAUGGACAUAUUAGUUUCAGAUCGUUUCGGGUGGCGCUGUAGGUUUAUUUGAUAGUGGAAAACAUUUUCUGUAUUGUACUGCUGCCACGACGUGUGACCUCUUUCGAGGUAACUGCCUCUACAGAUCGGUGUCCAGUCACGUCUACCUGCCUUACUGCCGCAUCGUCCGUGGCUGCCUAUUUGUCAAACUUUAGAGCUCCUAUUAUUGCCUAACCAACCUUCGCUGUGUGCUGCGUACUCUUCCUUGUUUAUGUUCAUCCCUCCUCUACCCCGCAAGGCGACGUUAAAUUGCCGGGUGCUGAACGCCGGAGCAACUACUAUAAGCGUUACGGAAAUCCCAACUACAGUGGCAUGGUGGGCAUCUUGUCGCGCUCCUUUCGACGGCGGGCACAAACGCAGCGCCGCAACGAGGGAGGCGCUUCUGACGGCGGUGCUGGCGAUUUGCGGCGGGUACACUACUUGUGCUGCGACUGUGGUCACACCGAGAAGCACCUCUCCUCCAGCCUGCCCCACCUGUCUGCCUGCUGCUGUUGCGCCACCAAUGGCUCUGCAGCGGCCAGCGACACCAACCCGCGGCAGGACAGACGAAAACUGGUCUCCUACGAAGACCUCUAUGAGGACGACUUUGUCGAUGAUUCCGACGACCUGGCUGAUCUGGCCAGAGAUUUUGAUGAAGGUCUCAUCUCCGUGCGCAGCGACAUUGGUGGGGUCAGCAGAAACACCCGAGUGUCCACGCGGGCCGGCAAUCGGCGCGAGGCGGCGGGUACAGUGUGCUCUUGUUUUUUCAUGCUGCUGCCUCCUCUCGCCGUUUUCUAGUGUCUCGAUUAGGCCGCGAAUCUAGCAACCAAGACACUUUAUUGCGGCAUUAUGAGGAAUUGGGCGUUCACGCGGGAAGGAGACGUUUUCGGCUAGGUUAAAUGAAACCGACGAUGCCUAAAACGCUUUCUGACUGUGUUCUCCAUUUUCCCACGACCUGUGCUUUUAAAGUGUUUCAGUUAUUUGAAAUUACGGCUCACGCCAGUCGUCUGACGUAUACCAUAACGUUAGAAGCUUGUGUUAAAAUUUAAAGUCGCCGGCUUUUCGUUAAAGUGGCGCUUUUGGUGUUAACCGCGGUCUGAGGGGCUUUCACUGAUUGGAGCAUGAAUCCUUCUCCUGCCACUUAGUUUUUGGUUUGACGUUGGCAGACCCUCGUAGGUUACCACCAUACGUCCCGUGAACUUGCCAUCCAGAUUCAGUCCUCGGUCGGAUGACCCCACGCCAAAUUCCAGGAGGUCCCUAUUUCCUCGUCCUAAGUUACCCUGAUUCUCCUAGUCCUAACACUAUCCCUCGUAAAUCUAACCUUAACCCCAGCCUCAGGCCCGUCCGGAAUUUGGGGAAAGGUCUAUACAUGAGGAGGUCCAUAUGCCCGUGCCCUACACAUUCUUCCUUGUUAGCUGUUCAAUAUGUUCUGGAAUCCAUUAAACAUUGACCGAAGCCUUGGAAAAGACUAAUUGCUUGAAUCUACCGUACUAAUUCGCGUGAAGUAACAAUCUCCACGGGAGGCCUCCUUGUAGAGCCAUGAACAGAUAUUUCUUGGAUGAAAUACGCACCAAGUACUUGAGUUGGGGGAGACAUCGUUUUGUGCAGAAGGCCGUUGCAAGAUGUAGCAACCUCGAUGAGUUCGGUCUUAUUCACUUCAUGUUUUAGUGGUCAGGUGACUGCAAUAUCACGUUUUGGUAAAAACACAUUCAGUUUUUAUGGGUGUAAGCACCAGGCUCUUUUGCGGACCCUGUAUAUGUCUCUCCCCGUCUCCUAUGCUUUAUGGCACGUGUUUGUCGUGCGUUAGACGGAGGCUGUAGGCUAUUGUACCCAGACUUGUGUCCUGUGGAUUUGACUCAGACUUCCAGCUGCUAUGAGAGCGGUGGGCUCUCCUCUGCGUAGAUCCUCACUACAAACAACUAAAUGGUCUGUUAAACAACCACAACAAGCUAAUUGCCUUGGCCUGGAAGACUGUCAGACAACGGAAUAAUUUGGCCGGUCUCUGCAACAAGGAUUUGGCUCCAAUGACUCCUUUAUAGCACUCACCUGUCUGCAAAUUCUGUCUUUGAAAUGGGGUUCCCGUGCGUUUAGGGGCCAACACAUGCUUCAUGCUCGUCAGCCAGUCUGUCUGCACCCACGUCUAGUUACCCCGACUCUGUCUGUCAUCUGGGACACGCUGGGUGUGGGAAGAAAAAGUGAGGUAAAUGCCUUGCAGGUUUGAAACGGUACAAUAAAUGAAGGCGAAAAUCCCCACACCCUCUUCGAUGCGGUGGUGAUCCUUGCCGCUCAGUCGUUUUGCUUGGCUGCUUUAAGAUCUUUCCGCUCUUCCGACUUCCAUAACAUGGCACGCUCGUAAUCGGGCGCGUUUUUCACUGCCUUCUUGCCAUUUUACUGGUUUGUCAGCCCCCAUUGAUGGGGGGUGAUCAGGUUUACAAAUUCUGUCACUGAACCAGCAGGUAUUCAAUAGCAUAACUCGCUAAGCUACAUUGCGGUGCAAUAUAAUUCAAAUUCUGGUCUUAUUUGGGAGUCCAGACUUCCUGGUCUUGAUCCCCGCCAUAUAACCGCACAUCGUCAGUGAUAGGUGUCUGAAUUUUGACUGAUAUCUAUGGUCUAGGGUUUUGUUAAACAGACUUCCGACUCUGCAGUUCUCUGUGCCGGAUUUUUUGUGGAGGCUUGCUGUUUUGUGUUUAACUUGAUAGACGUAUCAACUUGAGUUUACGCAGUCCCCGCAUAUUAGCCCGAGACGUGAAGCCGUCGAGCGUGCUUUUCUGGAGCUUCCGUCAUGGCCUUUCUGCCUACUCCCCCACUGUUCAGCUCCUUGUCUAUCUCAUUUUCUAAUCACAAUUCACCUUUUUUCUUCUUCAGCCUGUGGGUUCGCUUCCCCCAAGCAGCCGCGUAAAUGGCCACGCAAUGAACGCACCGGUGGCCAGCUGGUCUUUGACCGUCUCGGUCCCUCCGACAGAGUCGUCCCCUUCAAGCCUUCCGCAGACUCGCGGGAGCCCUGGGCUGGUGAACUGACCAGCGGUGAGGACUUUCGCGGUUUCAAGGGCUCCGCGUCCCGACAGACUGCGGGCGGCGGUCGCGUGAGUGCUAAACAGCGGCUGGGCUCGCGGCAUGGGAAAGCCAAUGCUGCCCUGGCUACAAUCACCCUCCUUCCUGACCCGGAUGUGACCGAUGCGCAUCGUCCGCUCACCUCCAUGCGUAUGGUGGCGGAUCUAGAGGAGGCGAAUAUCUUCAGUCAGAUAGAGUGUGUACCUAUCAGCUCUUUGUCUACUUUCUUGCAUGUUCCCUGUUUAUAUCCAGAGCUAAGCUGGCCGUUAAGAGGUUUAUGGACGCAGAGCACGUUGACUGUGUCAUUUUAUUGACCAAGGUUCGCUAAAUUCAUUAUAAACGACCGACUUUUUAAGCUUUUUGCCGUUUCACUCAUCUUUCGUCCUUGGUUCUCCGAACUGUGUUUGGUGCUUGUGCCACGGAAGUUUGCAAACUACAGUAGUCACUCAAUCUCAAGCAACAAGAUUUGGAUUCCAAACUCAUUCUUCGGAGAAAUGAUGAAAUGUACGCCAAAUAUUGAGUUGCCUGUUGCCACUGUCGAUAGAAGCGAAAGGACGAGCUCCAGGAAACGGUUGAGAGGGUGGAAAUGCGAUUGUCACAACAAAUAUUUUCAUUUGUCUGAAGUUUCUUACUCUCACUCGAACCUAUCAUCGGAGCGCGGCAUUUAUAGGGCGCAGUUGCCAUGCCAUCACAUACAGUCAGUGACCAAUUUCACGGGAUGUUAACCGAGAUUUGGAAACGCCUUUUUGAUUGGAAGGGAUUACUUAAGUUGGUUGUCAUAUUGAUUAUCAUGCGGUAUGAUAUGUCAGGCACGCCUGAAUAUUGGCCUCUGAGUGCACUUCUUUUCGGACGCCUGCAAAGACCGCACUCAACAAAGAGUGACUGCUCAAAACGCAUGCAUUUUUGUGUGGGUUUCCGAUGCCAACAUCCUGGCGUGUCAGGCGUACCAUGAGAUUAUCCUACGUGAUAAUUAGUAUUACAACCCCACUUAAGUAAUCACUUCCAGUCGAAAGUGCAUUUUAUAAUUUCACUUAGCAUUCCAUGACACCGGUCACCGACUGUAUCGAUCAGAAUUGGCAGCUCCCACACGCAUCGCCGAUGAUUGCUCACCCGAUACACUGGAGUCAUUGAGCGUCGUAAUUCUAUCAUUGUUCAUUGACAGGAUUGUCAGUGGGGCGUUUAGCUGGCCGAUACUGUCGCUGGAAGUGGUGUUCGCUCGGGCACUCCCCUGUGCCAAGUACUCUGAUCGGGCAGUCAGCACUGAUUGCACAGUAUACAGUAAGUGGGCUAACUCACGAAAUGUCGACCGAAAUGCGUUUUCGUUUCGAAAAUAUUAAUUAAGGUUGUAAAACUAGUCAGCCUGCAACAUAAUUCUAUAAUAUUUCAGUUACCUCAAGAUACCGGCUUUCGAAUGAACUUCCUUCCGGCUGCAUGCAAAAACUGUACUGUAAAAAAUGGCUACUUAGGUAGCAUGCAUUUUUCUCAUUGAAUUUCGAUGCUCCUAAAAGCCCAAUUAUAUUUCAUGGAAAACAUGCAGAAAAAUAUUCAUUAUUUUGCUUUUUCGGUAGAAAAUUACGUCUGCGUUCAGUUUUGUACUCAAAGAAAGGGUAUAAUUCGGUUUUAAAAAAGUUUUACAAUUCCGGAAUAAUUUCGAACCCGCGCCACCAUUACACUUAGAUUCAGGGUUUCCAAACUACGUUCCGUAAAUUUUCCGCGUACGGAAAUCCACACAUUUCUCUACGGUAAUAAAAGGGGACCAUAAAGGGUUCAUCAAAUUUGGCAGUGGAUUCGAGCCAUAUUGUUAACUUUACAACCCACAUUGGUAAAUGCAGAGACAUGACGAUUUAUGAACGGCCAUUUCACGGUAUUUAAAAGUCCCACAAUUAGAAACUUAAAACCGAAUUAUGUCCCUCCUUCGAGUAUACACUUGGAAGAAGACUUAGUUAUCUGCAGAAUGAGCAAAAGAAUGAAUAUUUUUAUGCAUUUUUGCCAUGAAGUAUAAUUGGACUUUUAGGGGCAUCGCAAAUCAAUGAGAAAAAUUCAUGCUACUCAAGUAGUCAUUUUUUCAGAGUGUAGUUCUUGCAUGCAGUCGGAAAGAAUUUCAUUCGAAAGCCGAAAUCCCGGGCUGACUGAAUUAUUAUAGAAUUAUAUUGUAGGCUGACUGGUUUUGUAACCUCUGCUUAAUUAAUCUUUUCGGAACGAAAACGCAUUUCGGAAUUUCGAUUGAAAUUUCAUGAGUUAGCCCACCUACUGUACCAUACUUGACAACACAGGUAUUACCUAGAAGCCCAUACACGUGUUUCGCUGAUAUUCUGCCGCUGCAGGCCACAGCUGUGAGGAGUUCGGAUCAUCAGUGGGUCCUCCAGCGUCCGCCGUGUGCUUUCUGGUAGAUAUUCAUGUCAAAUUUCAGCCUCACAUUGACUGACAAAUAAGCGAUUGGUUUCUCAGAAGUUUAAAAAGUUGCAAUUUCGAAACUGGAGCAUCUACCGGAGUGAGCCUAAUCCUUCUGUCGAUAAGAAUUACCGACGAGUAGACGGACACAAAGGUGGCCGCUUCUUGUUUAUUUGCCGUCAUCAUUCGACCCUGCUCUAAUCAUGAACCGGACGCCUUCUGACUUUGGAGACCUUUCAAGCUCAAAACUCGCAAGAUCUACGAACCCACACCCGGCCGACUGCACUCGGAACUAUUUAAGGUCAUUCGACUGUAGCACCGGCUGUUCCAAUUACAAGACAUUCCUGCUUCCCGUAAAUUCACCUCGAGUGUUCGAUUUGCACCUUAAAAUUCCAGUCUUAAAAUAUGCUCAAAAAUUAACCAAUCUUAAUUUGCAUUCUCGUCUGCUAGACUGCGCAUCAUUUAACAGGUGUUUUGGCAGCUAUGAAUAAUUCAUUGUGCCCAAGUCUGAAAAACUGGGCGGCCUCCGUGAGAUUCGACCCCACUAUAGCAGGGGCAAGACCUUAACACAGCCAACGCUCUAACCACCCAAGUCACGAGACCCCGACCUGUCUUGCCUACGUCUUCUUGCUACUAAUAAUUAGGGUGUCUUUCGAAAUGACGCACUAUCUUAUGCAGAAUUAUAAAGUACUUUUAAUAAGAGACUAUCCUAGCAGUCCCAAGUUGGCAGUCAUCUGAGGGAUAAGGUCCAAGUUUUUACAUUCAUUUGUUGUUAAUCUGCCCUUCGUCCAGCAUUCUCAAUUGAUUCCGUGUGCGAAAAAUUCCGAGUGAGCUUAUCGCCUGUAACUCGCGAAUCCAACGAAUCCGAAGCGGGAUUAAGUAUCGCGAGAUGUAUGGAACUGAAAGUAAACUUAUUUACCUAUCUGUCUGCAUUGCAGAACUGAGUACGUGGCGAUUCCAUUUUGCCCCGAAAUGAUCGAUAGACUAAAACCGAGGGCUCCAAUGGUUAGACCGUCGGACUUCAAUUCACAACGAUCCAUGAAGCUUAGAUUCAAACUUUGGGCGCGCCAGCACUUGGUUCUGUGCAUCAUUUAGCAAUGACGGCGAAUAAGCCAUUUCAGUGUCGUUUUGCUUUGUCAGUAACUCCUACUUAACAUCUGCAAGUAAUAGCCUGACGGACCCAAAAUUUCUAGUAGUUGUCCUCUACCGACUUACAUGCGUUGGUCACGACGACGCUUCGAGCGAGCUGGUAAUGGGAGGUUUAACCGUCGACCAUUUCACACGCAUUCCGGAACCGCCAAUUCCCAGGUAGUCUUUUCCCCCAACGCAUUCAUUUCUACCUUCUCGACUCGAAAUAUAAUUUAUCAGCCUAAUUAUUUCAAUCUCUGUAGGUCGAAUCGCAUUGUUCGGGCAUGCUGGCGCUUGUUUAAGUGAGUCAGACAUCAUCCAGGAUACGAAUCCAUCUGGUUACCGCGUCCGAAUUUGUCGAGUGGUCUAUUGACUCCGACCAAACUACUGCGUACCACCUCAGAACGCCUACCAGCAAAGACGGAGAUGACAGUAAUCAAGCUAGGCAACCUUGCGCCAUGGUUUGGUACAGAUUGCACAAGUUAGCACGGUUACAUUGAAGUCAUCAGUCUAUGGGGCAGGUGAGUAAAUUCUUGAGUUCACCUAACGGUGCCGCAGUGACUGGAUCAGCGGAAGAACCCUGCCCAGACGAAUCCAACCAGGUCCCACAACGAUGCUCCCUUCUGCAAAGUCCGGAUAAUGACAACAACGUUGGCUAGGGUUGACCGCAAGCAAUAUUGGACUGAAAUUGUGACCUCCAUGGAACAGGCUCCAAACAUUGGGGGCACUCGAAAAUUCUGCCAAGCUGUUCGCCAAGUUAGUAAUUAGCUCUUCUCACUGAGUGACUGUUCGCGAUGUGAAUAGUGGCUUUAUUGCUGACAACUCGGCCAAGAUCGAUCACCGGCGUGAGCACAUCAAGCACCUCAGCUUUGAUGAGCGACCUAAUACACCCUUGCUCUCCUCUUCAGCGGAGUUUUAUCCCUUCCCAUCCUAUGCAGUGUUGUGCGACCCUCUUCUGGGAGGGAGGCUGAGGUUGCUGAUGCAAUACGGAGGCUGCACAACAGCAAGGCGCCCGGAGAGGACGGUAUUCCUACCAAAAUCUACAGAUCAUGAAUCGUUACUCGGGCGCCCUGGCUCCAUGACCUUAUUGACUAAGUGUGGAGGUACUUCCUAGUGACCGAGGCCCAGGCAUCUUUAUGUUCGUCUUCAAGAGGGAAGAUAAGGCCUGAGAACUGUUACAGCAUCAGCCUCAGCGACGUUGCUGCGAAGGUAUUCGCUUUUGUCCUUGGACGAUUUCAGGGCGUGUAUAACUCGACCACUAGGCCCAACCAAGCUGAUCAGAUACUCACCGUAGGGCGUGUUUUUCAAUUCCGCCAUGGAUCCCAGCAACUGACGGGAGUCUCCUUUGUUGACUUCGCCGCUGCGUUUGAUUCCGUCCAUCGUGAGUCCCUGUGGCGAAUAAUGCAAUUAGAUGGUGUGUCGGCCAAAAUCAUCGUCAUGAUUAAGAACUACUGUCGCUCUAUAGCUGCCAUCACUUCCAACCGUUUGAUAUCCGAUCUGGUGUUCGACAUGGUUGCAUCCCGUCGCUCAUCCUUUUCAACUACGUCAUCGGCUGAAUUCUCGGAGGGACCCCAUAAGGUCUUAACGUUGUGGAUUUUUCACCCGGACGCCAGCUGACUGAAGUGGACUACGCUGACGAUGUUACCCUGCCAGCCUCAAGCUUUGGUGGUCUACAGCCACGAGUGAAUGAAGUCGUUAAAUCAACCACUUUACCUACAUUAGGGUUAUUCUGUCGUGACAAAAAUAACUACGCUUGUGAUAUGCCAUAGGACGACUAAGCAGCUGUGAGUGCUGGGACAUGCAGUGCACCCACCUUGAUAUCUCUUCAGCUUGACUUAGUCUCGCCAUUGGGUCACGAGGGGGUCAGAAGGAGUAACUGAGACCGACACAACGCAAAUCUCUCUCGAUAAUCCAGUUUACGCCUACAUAUUCACCUUUUAGGAUAAUUCUCCUGAAGACUGAUCGGCAUGUGAGUGAAAGCCAGUUUAGAACACGCAAAUCGUGGUGUUUCACUCUCUUUUUCUUCUACCAAUUUUUGCAAGUCCUAUUAAGUUCUAAGGUAGGGCAGUUUUGUUUGCCGCCGGUUGAUUCUAAAGUGGGUCUGAAAUAGGAGCACAGAUUCUGCUUUUUGACCCCUUUUUUGCUCUUUCUUCCCACACUCUUCAGACGCAGAAACCAGAGUGCGUCAGAGAGACGCCCUCGACAUGCUCGCAAUGACGGUGACGUGUGGCAUCGGUUGGGCUAG